GCUAGCUGUUGCAGGAACAACAUCAUGGACAUUAGAGGCUGGCGGUGUCCAUGGCUACUGAACAAAAUGGGAUGUCCAAAUGAGCUUUGGUUCACUUUGAGGACUUGAAGAUACAGAUAUUCUCAAAGCUUUUAUCUAUAUGAAAACAUUGUUGUGAAAAUUUUUUGCUCCAGUGGCGUCGUUUUAAGCCGGAGCAGCAAUAUGAGGGGAUUCGGUACAGGCUACAUGCUACAGGCAGAGACAGAUGAUCGGGCUGCUAAACAGAGUUAGCUUCACUAGCUAGAGAGAGAGAGAGAGAGGGAGAGGCGCGGCGUUGAGUGCAGCUCGUGUUCAUUUAGUUCGCACCGACAUCUUUUUUUAAGAUAAAUGUUUCUUAUUUAAAGUAUCUGUUUUUCUGGACCCUUUCUGGUUUGUGAGGACGGUGUGCUAACGGUAAUCUCGCUGUUGCCAAGGCAGCGGCGCGCGCCGGGGCCUGUUCCUCUCAGCUGCGCUCGUGCAUACUCAUAUUUCAGUGUACAAUAUCGUGGCUGAGGAUUUAUUAACCUUAUAUAAAUAUAUAAACCUUAAAGCAAAUCCUGUGUAAUUUAUUUGUAGGUUGGAAUAACUGACAGUGCAAUUUCAGUGUCACGACGUAUUUGCGUUCAUGUAGAAAACUAUCCACGUUCCUUCGUAUCCUUAGUACUGUGAAUGAAAUACGGCCUCUCGCUGCCGGCGAGGAAGCACGCGCCCGCUGUUAAACGCUAUUAACGAGCUAAUCUAGAUAGCUAAUGGUUAGCUUUCUUGUCCAAAAGUCAUCUUGAAGUCGGGAAACGUUUUUGGGUGACGACAAGCAGAUCGUGAAUGGGAAUGAGGAUCCUCACGAGCAAAAUGAGGCAAGUUCUCUGAUGGAUGCAUUCUUCUUUAUGACCAGGGAGUACACACCGCUUUGGCACAUGGGAACAUGUCUCCUGUGAUGAGAUAAUAGAAGUGGUCUACAUGAGAGAACUUUUACAUUCGUCCCUCCAUAUUCCCUGCUUGACAUCUGAACAUCAGAAUAUGACCACGCAAGCUCUUUUGCCACUGUCGGGGCGCAGGAUACCCACUCUGUCUCCAGGUGCUUCGUCGUUUCCCCACCACAGAGCAACCUUGCGGCUCUCAGAGAAGUUUAUCCUCCUCCUCAUCCUCAGUGCCUUUAUCACCCUUUGUUUUGGAGCCUUCUUCUUCCUUCCAGACAGUUCCAAGCACAAGCGCUUUGAUUUGGGUUUGGAGGAUGUUUUGAUACCGCACAUUGAGCCUGGGAAGGAAGGACGACAUAGCAGUGGCCAGGUCAUACACGGGCAAGGAGUACACGAUGAGCAUCGACACAGGGAAGAGGAGGAGAGCCUCCGCAGUAAAAUCCGGGCAGAUCACGAACGUGCACUGCAGGAGGCCAAGGAGAAGCUUCGCAAGUCCAAAGAUGAGCUGAGGGCAGAGAUCCAGACCGAAAAGACUAAAGUGAUGAAGGAACUGAAAAAGGAUGGGCCAAAGCCUCUGCCCCCAGUACCCAUGCCCAAACUGGUGGGUAUCAAUGAUGGAGACCCUGGAGACCCCGAUGUUAAAGAGAAACGGGACAAGAUCAGAGAGAUGAUGAAGCACGCGUGGGACAGCUACAGGCAGUACGGCUGGGGACACAACGAACUCAAACCCAUUGCCAAGAAAGGACAUUCCACAAAUAUAUUUGGUAAUUCCCAGCUGGGGGCCUCGAUAGUAGAUGCUCUGGACACACUCUAUAUAAUGGGCCUCCAUGAUGAGUUUAAAGACGGUCAGGAGUGGAUCGAAAAGAGCCUGGACUUCAGUGUGAAUGCAGAAGUAUCUGUCUUUGAGGUCAAUAUCCGUUUCAUUGGGGGACUGCUUGCUGCAUACUACCUCUCUGGACAAGAAGUUUUUAAGGUGAAGGCUGUUCAGCUGGCUGAGAAGCUGCUUCCUGCCUUCAACACCCCCACAGGCAUCCCUUGGGCCAUGGUCAACCUUAAAAGUGGUGUGGGACGUAACUGGGGCUGGGCUUCAGCUGGUAGUAGCAUCUUGGCUGAGUUUGGAACACUGCACAUGGAGUUUGUGCACCUCACGUAUCUGACUGGAAAUCCUGCCUAUUAUCAGAAGGUGAUGCAUAUCCGGAAGCUGCUGUCUAAAAUGGACAGGCCUAAUGGGCUCUACCCAAAUUACCUGAACCCUCGCACAGGUCGCUGGGGCCAGCAUCACACAUCAGUGGGAGGACUCGGCGACAGUUUCUAUGAGUAUCUAUUGAAGGCCUGGCUCAUGUCUGAUAAAACUGACACAGAGGCUCGCAAAACCUACGAUGAUGCUAUUGAGGCUAUUGAACGUCACCUCAUCCGGAAGUCUAGCAGCGGCCUCACCUUUAUCGGCGAGUGGAAGAACGGCCACCUGGAACGCAAGAUGGGUCACCUGACAUGCUUUGCUGGGGGCAUGUUUGCUCUAGGGGCAGAUGGGUCACCAGGAGACAAGGCUGGCCACUACCUGCAGCUGGGAGCUGAGAUUGCCCAUACUUGCCAUGAAAGCUACGAUCGCACAGUUCUGAAGCUUGGUCCAGAGGCCUUCAAGUUUGACAGUGGGCUGGAGGCCGUUGCUGUGAGGCAGAAUGAGAAGUAUUACAUCCUGAGGCCAGAGGUGAUUGAGACUUAUUGGUACAUGUGGAGAUUCACGCAUGACCCCAAAUACAGGCAAUGGGGCUGGGAAGCAGCUCAGGCUAUAGAUAAAUAUUGCAGAGUCAGCGGAGGUUUCUCUGGGGUUAAAGACGUCUACUCCUCCAACCCCACCUACGAUGACGUCCAGCAGAGCUUCUUCUUAGCAGAGACUCUCAAGUAUCUCUAUCUGCUGUUCUCCAGUGAUGAUCUGCUGCCUUUGGAGAACUGGGUCUUCAACACAGAAGCUCAUCCACUACCAGUGCUGCAUCUGGGCAACAUCACCCUGCCUGGCAGCCAGGCAUAGCGAUAGAGGAGUCUCAGCGAGUGUGGGUGCUCGCCUCCUCUUCCUCUGAAAGACUGCAGGUAACUGCCUUCAGGAGUUACCGCGUUGAGGGACUCUUCCGCUCAACCACCUGGACUCUGGGUUUUUACUGCCAAGCAGAGGGGACCAGGACACACUCUAAGACUCUGUCAACUCAUCUAUAUGUCGCUUGUAUUGUUUUUCACUGUCUUUGAUAAGCUGCCAGUCAAGCACAGAUGGCUUAUGUGACUCACUCAUUGGCUGCAUGGCUCUGACAUUGGUGGAAGCUGUUAGAACACCACAACUCCGCAAAGAAAUCAGAAGCGGUCAUGUGUUGCAGCUAACGAACAAACACGGAAAAUGUCUUUUCUCUGUGAAGAAAGAGGAUUUUACAUGACUUAUUGUUUUCAUUGUUGUUGGGGUUUUUUUGGUUGUUGUUUUUUUUUUUUUCUUUUUUUUUUUGAUUGCUUACAUUGCUUAAUCACUGCAGCAGGACAAAUGGCUCUCUGGCCAAACUAUCCCCCAGACCCCACAUAACCCUGCCACCCCACCCCCCAUACUCCCUCAAUCUGAACUGUGACCCAGACCUGGUGCUGUGGGAGGCAACAGCUGGAUGAUGUGACCUCUGAAAUCUCUCCCACUCUCCCUCUUAGAGAGAACACGGGCCAGAGGCACCCUGGGAUCUCUGUGGCUUCUCAUGUACUGAUACAGUAUGCACGUGAGCGUAUGUGUGUGCACAUUCUUGUGUUAGUCUGCUGUCAGCCUUCAGAAAACAUCUGUCAAAUUCUGGUCCAGAUUUGAAGUCAAGUAUGUUCUUGGUUUGCCAUGAUUAGUGGGUGAAAUGGCUGAUGUUUUGCGUUCAUUCGCAGCUCUAAUAGAUUAGUUGAUGCUUUCAGGACUGUCAUUGCACAUGGCACAUAUUUUAUUUCAAAACCAUUUCAAAGGGAAAAAAAGAAUAAAAAACAUUUGUUUAAUUUCUAUUGCAGUGCGCAUGCGAGUAUACCAUGUUUUCCUUUCAAGCACUCAGUCAGUCUGAAAUAAAGGGUUGUGUGAUCUGGCUCUCAUCCACACUACUUUGUACACAGAUUGACUGAAUUAGUAUUGGAUUUAUGGCCUCACAUGUAUUCAUAUUCAAGUAUUCUGACACUCAGAAGAAAGACUGAAGAAAGACUUCUCUAUCCCCGAUACUGAUCUAACAAAUGAAUUUCAACACUAAACAUAGAGAACACAUCGGUCAAGGCAGAGAGAACGAUUCAUUUUUAAUAUCCUACAGCAAAGAACUUUUGAUAAGUCCAGUCACGUUUUCUAUACACGCACACAGAGAUUAUGCUAACAUGUCCAUGAUGACGCCAAUUUUUGUACUGGUUUUGCACCAUUGCUGAACUAAGGCGUAGGAGGUUUAUGGGCUUUGGAUCAAUUUAUUUUCAUUCCAGUGAGUAGUUCACAAAUCUUACAACAUUUCUAUAUGCUUUUCCCCCACUGCAUGCCGCACUGUCUGCUCUGUCUGACCUGAUGGGUGCAAUAUUUAGAGAGAUAUUCAGUCAGAAGAGACAGGAAGGGGGCCACCACUGAAAGUCAGCACUCGUUUUUUUUUUUGUUUUUUUUUUUGCAAGGUAGUUCCUUUAAAGUAUGUCCAGUGAAAAAUAAUAUGCAGUGUUUAUAAUGCACAUUUUAAGUGGUACUGGCUGGUAGGAACUAUUUUUAUCUUUCAGCUGCAAAAAUGUUUUACCCCUGCACCCCUACAUUUUUAACUAAUGACAUUGCUUUCCCCCUGCUCCAGGUGGCAGUAGCAACAGCGUGCUAAUGCUCUGUAUGUAUGUUUUCAGCGCUUUUCCCACUUGCCUAACGUCUCUUCCUCCUACCUAAUAACGGUCACCUGUUUCUGUUGUGGAAGAUGCCCAGGCCAACAUGACCACUAGGUGGAUUUUGAGAGCUGUGUUCUGUAUUCUGUAUUUUUACUGAACUGACAGUACUGUAAAUAUCUUUAAAAAUGUGACAGAUUCAAUAAAGAUGUUACAUAAAUUGAA